UCUAUUUUCCCCCGUCCCGCUUGGGGGGCUAUCGUCUAGUUGGAUUUCCUUCCUUCUUAAUUGCCUGUAUAUGUAUUUCUCCUGCUAGAUUAUUUACCUCUUUUAUAUCCAUUGUGUAUAUAUUGUAUAUAGCAAGCUUGACAUUGGAUUCCGCUGUUUCUGUAAUAAAUACCUAACUAUGACACUCCCUAGAGGACUUUCUGCUGUAUUAGCCAAAUCACCUUCCGACACCGUCAUCCUCUCCUCGCUACGCACUCCUAUUUGUCGCUCGGGUCGCGGCCAACUAAAGAAUGCCUACCCUGAAGAGCUACUCUCCGUCGUACUACGCGCCACGCUUGACGCCAACCCGAACCUCCCGCCAAAUAAGAUAGAAGAUGUCGCCGUCGGUGUCGUCCUCUCCGAACUCGGCGGCAGCAAGGCUUCCCGCAUGGCUAUGAAUCAUGUCGGAUUCCCUAAUACCACAUCCCUGUAUACUGUCAACCGCGCAUGCAGCAGCAGUCUGCAGGGUCUGGCUACUAUCGCCGCUCAGAUCCGCGUCAACAUGAUUAGUGUAGGUAUCGCCGCGGGAAUGGAGAGCAUGACGAGGAAUUACGCUAGUAAGGCCAUACCUGUAGAUAGGUGGCCUGCGUUAGCCGAGAGCCCUGUUAAAGAUGCCCGCGAUUGCAUUAUGCCUAUGCUCGCUACCAGCGAGAACGUUGCGAAGAGGUACAAGGUUUCGCGCGAGGAGCAAGAUGAGUUUGCCUUUGAGUCCCAGCGGCGCGCGGCGAAGGCUCAGACCGAGGGCUUAUUCGACCAAGAGAUCGUGCCUGUUUCUACCGUGUUCCAGGAAACUGACAAACAAGGAAAAGAGGUUGGAGAGCCGAAACAGAUCACCGUAACAAAGGAUGAUGGUAUAAGGCCGGGGGUGACGCUCGAGGGCCUCGCUAAGCUCAAACCUGUACUUGGCGAAUCCGGCACAAGCACGGCGGGUAAUUCGAGCCAAGUCAGUGACGGCGCCGCUGCCUCACUUCUGAUGAGGCGGAGCACCGCGACAGAGCUCGGGUUGACGUCGAGUAUCAUGGGGAAAUUCGUAGCCGCUACUACGGUCGGUUGCGCCCCAGAUGAAAUGGGUAUCGGCCCCGCGCUAGUCAUCCCGAAACUCUUAGACCAGCUCGACAUCAAGUCAGAGGACGUAGAUCGGUGGGAGAUUAACGAAGCUUUUGCCAGCCAGUCCGUCUACUGCCUAAGAGAGCUUGGUUUGCAGGAGGCUUGGGCACAGGGCAAGGUUAACCCUGACGGAGGCGCCAUUGCUCUAGGCCACCCGCUCGGUGCUACGGGAGCGAGGAUGACGGCUACGUUGUUGCAUGGCCUGGGACGGACCGGGGGACAGGUCGGCGUGGUAAGUAUGUGUGUGGGCACCGGGAUGGGUAUGGCUGGCUUGUUCGUCAGGGAAUAACCCGAUUUUUGGUGUAUGUCAAUACGAUGAUAAUGGUAAUUGGACAUACUGUACACACAAGCAAGUCGAGAUGCACAUACUACGAUUGUCUUGAUCCGUUCUUUGUCUCCGCGUUUGGGCUGUGGAUUACUUCGAGGUACGCUAUUUGUUGACAAAGACUAUGUGAACGAUCAAGUACAAUAAAGAUAAAUGAAGAGGAAAAGAGGAACAAAAUACGCAUUGAGGUCUUUUGUCAU